AUGGAGGAAAAGUUGAGGACUUUAGAAAAAAAUUUACACAUGGAGCUUGUCACAUUACCUUACAAAAAGAGGCCUAUCAAAGUGAAACGAGUCUAUAAAAUGGAGUGGACGGAGAAGGAACGACACCGUCCAAUACAUAUGCGGCUGCGAAGAUCUCUCAAACCCAGUCCACAUUCUGAGGGUCCCACGAUGAAACUAGCACUUGCCCUCUCGUAG